UUGGUCUCCGAUUGGGCAAUCUUUGUGCUUCCUCCUCCUGCUUGCCGGGAAUCGGGUGUCAAUCAGGUCAAUUUCCAACCCGGGAGUGAAAUUGGAGGAAAAGUUUCGGAUAAGUUUCUAACAAUGAGAAGUCGUAAAGGGAAAAGCGGUCAGCGGGGCGAAGAGAACGCUACCCGAGCUGACAGUAAGUACGUGUCCCACUCUGCCCCCACCUCGGCCGGACUAACCAUUCUGUGGGCUGUCCUGCUGCUAGUGGUGGCCGGGUGCGGGAUUGCCGGCUGGUACAUUCAGCAGCAACUCCAAACCAUCGACAGCCUGGAUCAGACCAUUCAAAUUCUGCAGAAGAGACUGUCUCAGGUCGAAAUAAUCCAUUCUCAGGUGAAGGAGCUGAACGAGAAGUUGUUGGUCGCAGAAGCUAAUGAACAAAGGCUGCAGGAUCUCGAGAUCACCUGGGCUGAAUCAAAAAGGAAAAUGGAAAUGACAACAGAAGUCGUGACACAGAUACAGUCAGCCAACGUGAUUAGUAAAGUGGCUGUGCUCCGGUCAGAGAUGAGUAAAAGCCUGGGUGAGCUCAGGAAGGACUUCCUCAAAAGGAAUGACUUGGCUCAACUGGAGAAUACGGUCAAAGUUCUUCAGGAGGUUGAGUUUGCACGGGCAGAGCAGCAGGUUGCAAGUAUGAAGGCUGCAACCUCCAAACUUGAAGAAAGUGUAGAUUCACUUUCUGCUUCAUUACCAACCUUAACAAGUCGAGUUGCAAGCCUAGAGGCAGAAAGGCAAGACCUUCAGUUUCUUCAGCAAAGUGUUCAAGACAUCAAUGUAGUCAAAGAAUUAAUGGACCAUAGUCUUCCCUCUCUCUCCAACGGCAUGAUUGCAUUAACAAAACAGGUCAAUCAGACCAUCGAGGUGACUGAUGUUAUUCAGACACAGUUAGCUCAGCACGGCAAAGAAUUAUCAGCAUUGAAAUACAGUGCAUCUCACCAACAAGCUGAGCACCUAUCCAGAAAAGAGGAACUGGAAAACAUCAGGAAAAUGGCCAAGCAGUUGCAGAUGGAGAAGAUUUCCAUGGAAGAGCUGGAGAAUGCUGUUCAAAGCUUAGUAACCAGUGAUAUCAGUGAGCUGCAAAGGAGAACUAACAAAAUGGAUGAAAUGCUGGCCACUCUGCAAAAUCAUGUCACAAAGGUUGAAAGUAAUGGGGACAAUCAAAAUAAACAGUUAGCAGACGCAUUGAAUCAAACGUCUCAUACACUGCAAAAAACCUUGGGAAAAAUAGAAACAAAUCUCAAGAGGACUGUAGAGCAAUGUCUAUCAGGAGAAGUAAGAACUUUCUGUGAAACCUCAGAGAAUUGUGCUUGGCCACACAUUCGGGAAGUUAACUUUCCUCAUCGCAUACUGAAGGAUCCAGUGAUAAUGCUGAGUUUAACUGAAAUCAGCUCUGUCGAUUCAGUUGGAGUAACAGUGAAAGCUUUAGAUAUUACGGACUCUGGUUUUAAGAUCCAAAUUAAUAGCAUUGGUAAUUAUAAUCUGUCAACUGUGAGAGUCAACUGGAUGCUCUGUGCUUAGAUGAAAUUACUUUCAAAAAUCCCGACGAAACACCAAUCCUAUAAGAAAAAGCUGGGAGAAACAGUCAUGACUUUCAAUGUAAAGUGACAAGACUUUCCUAACUGAGCUCUUCGAGCUAAUUCAGUGCUAAAGUAGUUAAUCUGUUUGAAAUUAAUUAUUUCCAAGAUCUAUUAUGAGUUUCUCCUUGUGCAAAUGGACCCAGUGUUUUUAUAUCAAAGUUGCAAAAGUGUCAUAUUUCAUAGGAAAUGGCAGUUCAAAGACCAGUACAUACAACUAUAUAGAUCAGAGAAACAGACAACAUAACUGUACCUAAUUAGUUGUAGGUUUACAAGCCAAUAAAAUGGUAAAUGAAUAAAAACAGAUGGCACACAAUAAGAGUGCAGAGUGGAUAUUGAUUGUCCACUUAUUUCAUUUGAAACUGAGGUAAAUGGAAUUACGAUGCAAUGUAAGGAAACAGUGUUUGCACUCCCUAUGUAAUCGCUGGAGCUUCUGAUUGUAUUUAUUGUGGGGCAUGAUAACGAAAAAAAUAAUAACAGGAACUUUUUCGAUAAAUGUAUUUGUUCAUAAGGUGAAGAAAUUAUGUGCAUGUAUUGUCCUUUUCUGAUUGUCAUUGAACUGAGGAAUCAACCCUUUUGUUUAGGCUUGGAGUCGCAUGUGGACCAAACCACAUAGGAAUUUCCUCCCCUUGGAAAAUAUCAGUGAAUCAAAGGGUUUUUGAAAUAAUCUGGUCGUUUAAUUUU